AAACUCCGGAGUUGUAGAGAGAGAAUAUAACGAAUACUCUUGCAAAGUUCUCAUUAGAUGGCUGGUGAACGCCGUCAAAGCUGAAAAUUGAUACCUGUACAGCGAAACUCAGAGAAUGCUCGUCAGUUGGUUUUUAAUAAAUUUGUUACCGAUUCUGAAUGCUUUCCUCAUCAAUACAGCGAUGGAAACUGAUGGCUGGAGAAAACCAGGAUGUCAUAAAGUGGGUCACACUAGGAAAAUCAGUAUACCAGAUUGCGUGGAGUUCAAAAUGACCACAAACGCCUGUAGGGGCUAUUGUGAGAGCUGGGCAGUACCAACCCAUCACAAAGUCAACCCUGCCCAACCGAUCACGUCAAUUGGCCAAUGCUGCAACAUCAUGGAGACUGAACCAGUGGAAGCUCGUGUUCUUUGCGUUGACGGGAUUCGAACGCUCACCUUCAAGUCGGCCACCAGCUGCUCCUGCUACCACUGCAAGAAGGACUGAACAGCACUGUGUGAAAGGCGCCUAACCGCAUCGAAUUUGUGAUUGUUACAAUAUGGGAUAUAUUUAUUGUAAAUAUUAUACUGACUGA